UUGGCAAAGUUUUGGGCGCUAACUUGGCUUGACUAAUCACGAUCUUGAUCAUAUCAAGUCUGAUAAUAGUUCGACUCAUGAGAAAGCUGUCUGUGUCUUAUUAAGAUGGAAACAAAAUCAUGUAAAUCCUUCAUGGGAGAUAUUAAAAAAAGAGUUAACAUUGUUUCGGCGUUUAGAUAUCAUUGAAGAAAUUGAAAAAGAGUCAGUAGAUCAAGCAGGUUGGUAAUACCAGAAAAUGAUGAUAUGCAAGUUGGAUAUUUAACACAUUGUAUCAUGUUGGAUAUUGAACUCAUUGUAUCAUGUUGGAGGUCUCUAAAGUAUCAGAUAUUCAGUAAAGAUAAAGAAAACAACAAUGUAAGAAGAAUUCCCUAUGGUGGUAUAUUCAAGUUUGAUUUACAUGAAGAUGAAAUUUGUACAUUAGUUGAAUUCAAAUACUGGGAUCAUGAUGAAUGGAUGCCAAUCAGUGAUGAGAAACAAUCACAUGAGUAUUACUUGACAAGGAAAAAAAACAAUCAGGUGUUCGUCAAAGUAGAAAAUUUGAGAAGUGUCAGUGAAAUGAUUUAUUUCAGGUUUUCGUUUCAAGGUUCAAAAAAAGGCAUUUUUCAUAUAGAUUGUACUUGUAAUAUUUCAGGUUUGAGAAAGUCUAAGGAAAUCUUCCUGAUCAACCUCCUGAUGGAUAAACAAGCUGUUGAAAAAAAGAUAGGUAAUUGCAGCUACGAAUUAUACUACAAAAGUAUCAUGAUUGCAACACCUGAACUAAUUUUUAACAAUAAUUUCAGCAAAAAAAUAAAAACACCAAAUUCUUUGGAUUGGAGAAAGGCUGCCAAUAUUGUUUUAGACAAAGUACCAUGUGAUCAAUCAAUAGAGCUAAUUGCAGAUAAUUAUAUGGACAGAAAUUUUUCUGAUUUAACAGAUGUCAUUUGUGUUUGCCCCUCCUUAUCUGGUAAAAAUUGUAUAACCUUGAUAAUUGAAAAGUUUAAUAAAUUGUUUUCUAACAAAACUGGUGUUCGUGCUAUUAUACCUGGUUAUCAUUUACGCUAUCAUGCUUCCCUUUUAAAGUGUAAUGUUGAAAAUAUUCGAAGUUGUAAAGAUGAAGACAGAAUAAUAUUAUUUUACUCUGAACUCAAUCUUGUUUUUAUUAUUCGUAUUGCUACUUCAUUAGCUUGCAUCCCGUUAGAAUCUGAAAAUUGUUUGAAUGAUAUUGUAUUGUUUUUUAAUAUUAAUAGCCUUUACAUUGAAGCUAAUAAAUUAGUUGUUCUGGGAAUUAUUGUUUUACCAACAUUUGAGCGCAAAAAAUUAAAUAAAGAAUUGUUUUUUCUUUUUUCUGAAACCUGGAGAGAAGAAAAAGAUCAAAAUAAUGAGAAGGAACAAGAGUUAAAACAAAUUUUAUUUCUAUGUAAGGAUGAUAUCGAAGAUAAAAAUAUUAACCAAUGGUGGAGAUCAGUCACUGCAUAUUGCUUUGAAAAAUGUAAUAAUAAAAGCAACAGUUCAGUGUUUUUUAAAAAACUUAUUGGAUUAACUAUGAUAGUGAUGGCUACUCUUGAUAAAGUCAAUCUACCCACAAUAGACUUUGAUCCUCAAAAACAAAUCAAGACAUUAAUACUCAACAAUGAACAAUGGGAAGCCAUAUAUGACAUGGAACUUAAAAAAAUUGUCUCUGGAGGAUACGGUUCAGGUAAAUCUGUUGUUGGAAAGGAAAUCGUUAAAAAUUGCAUAACUAAAAAGUCAGAAAAUCCUUUAACCUUGUACUACAUAUGUUGUAACCAUUUUUCUUUGUUUCAAUGUGAAAUGAAAGAAUUUGUUGACAGUAUUAAGAAAGCCCCAAACAUUACUGUUAUUUGUGAUAAUUUGUAUGAGUUAUGGAAAAAAAUGCAUGUAAACAAAGAUAUUAAAAACGAAUACAUUUCUAUUCCAAAAUUAUUAGAGUAUUUGGUUUUUAUUGAUACUAAUAAAGUCUAUUUUGUAUUGGAUGAACUGUCACCUGAUUAUAUGAAAGAAGAAGAUGCAGUUCAACUAAAUAUUUUAUUUUCAUCUGCAUUAAAAGAAUCUUUAGUUGUUUUUAUACCUGAAAGUGUUGAAAAAUAUCGAAAAUUGAUAAAAAAUAAUAAAAAAUGCUUAAUCCAAAAGAAUUAUUUUAAUGAAGAAGCACUAGACAUGAAGGUUUUUACUCUUAGUAAAUCAAUGAGAGUAAUUGGAUGUAACAAAUUAUUAAUAGAUUCUUCACAAGAUUCUAUUUGCGAAUCAAAAACUGUUUGUAAUUUUCCAAAUUUAAUUGUGGAUAAAAUAUCACCUAAUAAUAAAAAUAAUUCAUUUGAAAAUAAACAUUCAAAAACAAAAGAGGUUCUUCAAAAUGAUUUUUUAUUGAUGAGUUAUAAAGAUAAAUCUAUUAGUAAUUCAAAGUUAAAUAAUACUUAUACAGUUGUUGAAAAUUUGAGUGAUUUUGGAAAGACGAAUGAUAAACGCUUUGUUUAUAAUCCCCAUGAUGGUGAGGAAAAUCCUUUAUCAAAUACAAAAAUAGAUAGUACCAUCGAUGAAAUUGGAAUUGAUUUUUAUGAAUACGAUUAUGACCAUAUGUCAAAGCAUGUAGCAGUUCAAACUAAUAAGGUUAGAAACUAUGGCUUUUGACAUACAAGCAAAACAAUACAAAAAAGUAGAUAAAAAUGGUACGAACCAUCCCUCAACAAUGGCAAAAAAAACUAGCAUCGCAGACUAUUUAAGCAAUGCGGAAAAAUAUAAUGAAGCUUUAGAAGUUUAUUAUUCUAUUGAUAAAACACAAACUGAAAUGUUAGGUAUCAACCACCC